UAUUUUAUUUAAGAUAUUUAUAAACUGGAUUUAAGGCAGUGAAUGUUUGAUAAACAACAACAAAUGAGUAUCUAUCAAAUCAAUUAAUUCCCUGUGUGGUGAUUAAGUCAUCUGUUUUCAUGAAUUACAAUAAAUUGUAUGAAAUUACGACAUCAAUGGAUGGAUACACAGUUGACACUUUAAUAUUCUGACAUUUUUUAGCAAAUCAAUUUGUACGUAGCAAUUAAAGAUUGAUUAUUUUAAUAUUUAAAAAAAGCCAAACCCUUGUAACUUGACUGCAGCUUGAAUUCAACAAUAACUGAAUACACUAUUAAUAAGUAUAUUAUAUCAAUGUGUAAGCAGUAUAGACAAGGUCAUUAAUUCAGGACUUGGGGUUAAACAGUCGUUUUGUAAGACGAGAAUAGGCCGGGGAGUGAUUCAGAGUCCGCCUGUAUAAACACAGCCCAGUAUUACUACUGUCACAGAUCCUCUCUACAAAGAAAAAAACCCACUAAUACACGGAUCAUCAAAUUCCAAUUUGAUUACGUGUGUUGUAUUACACCUUUCUCCAGUUCUCUCUACAGUGGAUUAGUUCAAUUGAUAAUAAGCAAUACAAACAACAAGGGUACUUUACAGUACAGAAUACUGGGGCAUGUUCAGGGCUUGACUGGCAUGUUAUCCUUGUGGCUUAAGAUUCCCGCUCCACUGCUCAGACGCUCGUACAGUACAUGCAGCUCUUCUGACCUGCCUGAAUUACCUCCCCUGACUCCCCACCUUGUUGUUCUAGCCCCGGUUUGCGCGCCUGACAGACAGUGCAGGAAUGGAGAGCGUUGGAACAAUGGAAUUAAAUGGCCCCACUAAAAGCCUCUGUAUUUAGACAAUUAUGGACAAUGCUUACAAAUUUUUAGAAGAUAACUUAAUAUUUGUUUAAGGGAUUAAAUGAUUACCUUAAAUAUGCCAAUUUAAUAAUAAAACAUAGGUAAUCCAAAAAACAUUCCGUCAUGCUUGUUAAUACAUUGUACAACACAGAAGUCCGAUGAAGAAUUUCGAAUUCUUUGGUGUCCAUUGCAGCCUUUAGUUUAGAAGUCAAUCUAAUUCACUGCUAAAUACACACAAGUUGUUGUUUGAUUUGGAUUAAUUCUCAUUGGAUGAUUAUGAUCCACAUAUGAGCAGAGAGUGGUCGCAGGCUUGAGUGAGAUGAUCGCGGAUUACUAGACGAGGUAGAAUAAACACAGCCAUCAAAGACAGGACUGGUACAACAUGUGAAGAAAAAAAAAGUCGCAAGCGAAAAGGCCAAAUUGUGCUUCAUGGUGAUACAUAGAGGACGAAACACUGAUAACACAAAAUAACCCACUGGUGUCAAUCAUCUCUUGUGGGCGGGGCUUACUGUGUUGGCAAGAUCGAGGCUACAGUGAAGGAACUCAAUAACCAUAGAAUAUUGGCAAGAGAAAAUCAAGAAAGAUGAGGUUGCGGAGGCCGUAUAGAGUUUUAGUGAUUUGGAUUGCAAACAUAUCUGUUCUUAUUUCACAGGUGAACACUACAGGGAUUUUUGAAUUAAAUUUAAAGAGGUUUGAGAAUGAGAAUGGUGUGAACGCUGAUGGGAACUGUUGCGCGGGGGUGCGGACCGGGGCCAGGUGCACGUCCUGGUGCCGGACGUUUUUCCGGGUGUGUCUGACACACUAUCAGGCGACCAUUACGGACGACGUCCACUGUAACUUUGCUGAGAAGUUUACUCCAGUCCUGACGCACGGUAACAACUCGGUGGACUUCUCCAACCUUCCAGUCAAGUUCGACAUCCCAAUCAAGUUUCCAUUCCAGUUUGCUUGGCCGGGGACGUUCACGCUGAUUAUAGAAGCCUGGCAUGACAGUACCCAACAAGGACCAACCACGGGCAGUACACGAGAGUUGAUCUACCGUCUACAAAAACAGAGGUCUGUGGAAGUGGGGUCGUCAUGGAAACAGUUCACGCGCACCGAGAACACCAUGACGUUGGAGUACGCGUACAAAGUGGAGUGUGGGGAAAACUACUACGGACCGGGGUGUGUCAACUACUGCCGACCCAGGGAUGACUCGUUCGGGCACUAUGUCUGCGACGAGUACGGACAGAAAGUCUGCAUGCAGGGAUGGAAAGGCGACUACUGCGAUCAAGCUGUGUGUCUGCCCGGCUGCCACCCAGACCACGGGUUCUGUGACAAGCCUAGCGAGUGCCAAUGUCGGGCUGGAUACGAAGGCAACUUCUGCGACACGUGCAUUCGGUACCCCGGAUGUCUGCACGGCACAUGCACGGAGCCCUGGCAGUGCAAUUGUAGGGAGGGCUGGGGAGGACUCUUCUGUAACCAAGACUUGAACUACUGCACCCACCACUCGCCCUGUAGAAAUGGAGGGAUCUGUAAGAACACCGGCCAGGGCAGCUACACCUGUGACUGUCCCAGCGGCUUCAUGGGGACAAACUGUGAGGUGGAGGUCAACAACUGUGAGCAACAGCCUUGUGCCAACGGGGGCACCUGUAAGACUGUCGGGGAGGGAUAUGUGUGUGACUGCCCAGAGGGUUUCACAGGCCGGAGAUGUGACAUUGUUGGAAGUUCCUGUGAAACCAAUCCCUGCCUCAAUAAUGGAACCUGCAUCCAAGUGGAUGGGGUGUACCAGUGCAAGUGUAUGGAGGGAUUCACGGGAUUCUACUGUGAUGUGGAACGCAAUGAGUGUGUCUCCCGUCCCUGUCAAAAUGGAGGCCGCUGCAUCGACGAAGUGAAUGGAUUCCGCUGCAUAUGCACAGCCGAGUACAAGGGACCUACUUGCAAUGAAAACAUUGACAAUUGUGCGAACAAUCCUUGUUACAACGAUGGCACCUGCAUUGAUGGGGACAAUGAUUUUACAUGUAGGUGUAGGCCCGGAUUCGUGGGACAGCUAUGUCAAGAAAAUGUUCCCGAUUGCGAUGCACGUCCAUGUGCUAAUGGUGGAACCUGUCAUGAUGAAAUCAACGACUUUCGCUGUUCUUGUGCAAUAGGCUGGGAGGGUAAAGAUUGUUCCAUUAAGAUCAACGAGUGUGAAAGCAGCCCUUGUCAGAAUGGGGGUGUGUGCACCGAUUUCGUUGGAUACUAUGAAUGCAAGUGUGCUUCUGGGUUUUACGGAAACAACUGUGAAAAUUCCAAUGGACAGCCACCCUCUACUGCUACCCCCAAACCCCAGCCUGCUGCUAACUCCUCCUCCGCUCUGAUGUCGGAGGGAAAAUCCUCAGAGAUCACCAUGAUUCAGCUGGUACUGAUCGUUUGCCUGGGAGCAGGAAUCCCCCUCCUGCUCAUCAUCCUUGUAGUCAUCUUCUUAUUGCUACGCAAGAGGAAUGCUCCAACUGAAAGGCUGGACACCAGCAAAGAACACCAGCAAAAUGUGGUUAACAACAUCAACAACAAACUGUCAGAAUCCCCAAUAUUCACAACGUCAUCAACAAUCAGUGGCAAAUUGACCAAUGAAAAACAAAAUGACUUCAAUAAUUACAGUGCAUCUGGAGGACACUCUUCCUCAGAUAAAUCCAACAACAAAGUUUUAUUAAAUUCAAAAGACUUAAACAUUCAUCAUGAACAAUUUUCAAAAACCCCGCCUGCAUCAACGGCGGAGAAAUAUAAUUAUGACCCCGAUGCUGCGAGGGGGGGAGGGUGCAGUGUUAUGAAAUCAAAUAAUGAAAAUAGUAGUAGUUGUUAUGACCACAAUGCUUCUAUUCACACAAUAGGAAAGUCUAAAGCCUUUCAGAGGGAUGCGGACAGAAAUUCCACACUUUUUCUCGAUCAUCCAUCUGUGCAUCGACAUUCGUUCCUGGCCACAGAAGUCUGACAUUCUUCUAGGCUUUAUUUUGACCAAAUUUUUUUUCGCAAUACAUCAUAUCACGUGAUGUGCCGGCACUGACUGCACACACCGCAUUGUGCUUCAUUGGAUUAAUUUAUCAAGUGCCUUCGGUAUUUCUACUGCCAGGAAUACGGGCUGAUUCUGUGGAAACUGUCUCCAAGACAAUAACUUCUCUGAUGGAUAAUCACAAGUCGGUUUGCUAUAUUAUGCAAUGCUUGGGCCUAUUUCUGUUUGCUUUUUCCCGAUCGAGGGUCUUACGAGUGUCACCAUGGACAGCAGAUCAUCUGCCGCGAGGAACCGAGUUGUGACUAGAACAUUUGGCGGGAAAAAUGAGUGCAGGCACUGCCAUGUGAUAUUUAGUCCCUCCAUGUUUUGUAUUGACCCUGUUACUAUGACACUGGAUGUGAGGAGUGCUUGAAUGUUUGUCUGUUAAACAGGAAUUUAUUACAUUGUGUGUUAAUUUUGAUUGCAAGCUAAUAAGUGUGCAUUGUCGUGUUUCCUGGCCACUGCUUCAUGUUAAACCUUUGUACACUAUUAUCUUUAGUCAAAGUGUAGUUAAUAUGAAAUGUGCAUAAUAUAUAUAGUGGCAGACCAGUGUGUGUAAUGUUAUGUAAUUUAUUUGUCUCAAUCAGUAUUGGUCGCUUCCAGUCGAAUUCAUAAUGCGAAAUUGAUAUAGGGCAUUUUUGUAUGAGCUUUAUACUGAAAAAAAAUUUUUGUAUUGAAAAAUAAUUUGAGUUAAUAUUUUCUAACCAGACUGGGCCUUGUCUUAAUGCUCGGAACCUCUGCCCAAUCACAAUUGUUAUUAAUCGUGUUUUUCUCUGAACAAAUUGGUUUGUGGAUUUCUUAAUGCCUCCCCUACCAUUCCACCGGGCCAAGCCCUAACACUGAAGCAACUGGAUGGUUGACAAUAUUCAUGUUAACAUCUGAGGUUUUUUUUUAUAUUUUGUUACUGAAAAAUUGCUUAACAAGCAUUCCACAUUCAUUUUAUCAUUUAAUCUUUAACAGUCUGCUCUGUCACCCAAAACUACAACUGUUCACUGAGAGAGGAACUUACAGUUUAUCUUUGACUUCAUCCUGUCACAUGGCUGUCAAUAUCAUGUCUCACUUGAAAAUAUGCCUCCUUGUCUGUGAUUGUUUAAUGUACAUAUAAUGUAUAUUUAUAGAAAAAUGUUUGGUUGUACAUAUUUGUUAUGACAUUAUUAUAUUAUUAAUUUUCAUGAAAACAUCAAUUAAAAAGUCACAAAUAUUUUUUCCAAA